AUGAAACACAAUUUCCACCUUUACAAUUUCGAAAAAAAAUUUAACCCAGGCUAUAUAGAAAAGUUAUUUUUCUUUCGACAUGUCGCGACCUCUCAAGUGCUUAUUAGUCCACAAGUCAACAUGAAGAAUAGAUAUCUUCGACAAACACUUAAUCCAGCGCUUCGAUCUUAUCAACUUCGUAAAGAUCUUUGGCAGCCUUUCCUUGGCGUUCACGGGCUCAAAAGUGAAGCUUCAAGAAUUUCUUUACUCAAUUACAUUCGCUUCAGACUUGAGAAUAAACCAAAACCGCCCGAUUACUAUCAACAACCGAAACGUAUACGUGAAGUUGAAGACAUGAAGGAAAUCGAGUACACUGUGCUUGCAUUCUGUGAAGGAAUUAAAGAAUUGCUUAAACGGAAAUUGGAAGAUCCAGAUCAAAGUCAGUUACUAUUGUUUUGGGAAAGCAUGUCACGCAUUAAUAUACCACAGGAGUUUGGAGUAGAAUGGCCUGCGAUCGUCUCGCAUCGUAAAUUGUGGUUACGUCAUGGCCGAAUGAUCAAGAAUGAAGAAUUGUUGGGAGAACCCAGAAAGACAGUCAUAGUAACAAAAAAAGAACCACCAUCCAAACCCAAGUCCGAAAUCUUGUCCAAAGCAAACCCUAAAAAAUAA